AUUUUACAUUGGUCACGUGAGCAACAAAAUGGCCGUAGUCUUAUGAGUAGACGUCUCAUGUAAACUUACGACACACACAGGAUUGUCGCCUGAAGCAAGAAAGAACAACGAGUGUGCACCCGUAUGUGAUAACACUAAAACAAGAUGACUGAGUUUUGGUUAAUAUCAGCCCCUGGAGAUAAAACUUGUCAGCAAACCUGGGAGAACCUGAACAAUGUGACCUCUAGACAAAACACACUGUCUACUAACUACAAGUUUGCUAUACCUGACUUAAAGGUUGGAACCCUUGACAUACUGGUUGGAUUAUCUGAUGAGCUGGGGAAACUUGAUGCCUAUUGUGAAAGUGUGACAAGGAAGAUUUCCCAUUAUAUGGGAGAGGUACUGGAGGACAACCACAAGUUACAGGAAAAUCUGUUAGCCAAUGGAGUGGAUUUGGUGACGUACAUGACACGAUUCCAGUGGGAUUUAGCCAAGUAUCCCAUCAAACAGUCCCUUAGGAACAUUGCACAGAUUGUCAGCAAGCAAGUGUCUCAAAUUGAGGGUGAUCUAAAGUCAAAAGCUAGCGCAUACAACAACCUCAAAGGCAGUCUCCAGAAUCUGGAGAGGAAGGCCACUGGGAACUUACUAACAAGAAAUAUUGGUGAUCUGGUGAAGAAGGAGGACUUUAUUUUAAAUUCUGAUUAUCUUCAAACACUGCUGGUGGUGGUUCCCAAAGCUAACCAACAUGACUGGCACCUGAAGUAUGAGACUCUGACGGACAUGAUUGUGCCAAGGUCAACAAAGGUGUUGUUUGAAGAUGAUGAAAACUGCCUGUGUAGUGUAACUCUGUUCAAACGAGUAGUGGAUGAAUUCAAACACAAAUGUCGAGAGAACAGAUUCAUGGUCCGAGACUUCACAUACAAUGAAGAGGAGUUAGCAGCUGGCAAAACUGAAAUCACAAAACUGGAGGCAGACAAGAAAAAGCAAUUUGGGCCGCUUGUCAAAUGGUUAAAAGUAAACUUUGGAGAAUGUUUCUCGGCGUGGAUACAUGUAAAGGCUCUGCGAGUGUUUGUUGAAUCUGUGUUAAGGUACGGCCUGCCAGUGAACUUCCAGGCCAUGCUUAUACAGCCCCAUAGGAAGAGUAUGAGGAACCUGCGUUCAGUCCUUGGUCAGUUGUACAGCCACCUUGACAACACAGCACUGGCCGCUUCUGGUGAAGCCGGCUACAUGGACAUCCCGGGCCUGGGGAUGGGGAACCAGGAGUACUAUCCCUAUGUGUAUUAUAAGAUCAACCUAGAUCUCACAGAUGUUUGAAUAUUACCAGAACAAAGUUACGUCAGUCUAUAGUGAUAUCACGUCGUUAUAAGGAACUGUAUAUGUAUAGACCUGUUGUCCCAGCCUGGGUCGACCAUUUCCUGUGAGGGGUUAUCUUUGUCUUAUAGUUCAUUUAUCUGUUCUAAAUAUCUCCCAAAAUAUUUAUUCAAGUACAUUUUAGCAAACUGUUUAGAAUGAAUUGAGUAAUGUUAUAUUUUUAUGAUAGAAAAUUAUAACCCUCGUUCAUCAUAAUCAUCAUAACUGUAGGUACUCAGAUUUCUAAAAACGAAGAUGGUUUCUCAGUGCAUGUACUACAAUUCUGUUUAGUGAGAAAUUGCUAUGAUUUUGUGUACAGUAUACAGUUUAAAGUUCAUACAAAAUAUUUAGACAUGAUACAUGGAUAAAUUUCAAAAAUCAAUUUUGAGAAGUUUUGCCUUUUUUUGAGAAAUCUGGGGUAAGUUAGGCACUUGUGUUUGGAUGACCAAAGGAUGAGCCUAUUUUUAAGUUGUGUCUCAUUUUAUAAUGCUGAUGAAUUCCAUGCUGAUUAAGCAAUAAUCACAUGUAAACACCAUGCCAGAGGGGUAACUGUUGUCUCAAUAAUGCUGUGGAAUUAUAUAUCUUCCAAAUAGUUUUUUUAAAUUCUUAAUAUCAGAAUACCUAAAACAGAUUGAUUUUUUUAAUUAAUAAAGGAGUAAGAAAGUACUUAUGAAAAAUGGAAUGAGAAACAUUUUAUAACAACGGUUCAUAUCUGUUAGGUUAGAGAGAAGAAAAAUAAGUCAGUUGUUGAACGUUUUAAGGGUAGAUAGAACUACACCUGUGUGUUUUUCCUCUGGUUAGAAAGUUAUGCAUUUCAGAUUUUUGCCAUGCCCAUUAUGUUGAAUGUGGAAGGUGUAAUCUGUAUCAGUAUGUGAUAACAGUGUACACUACACUUAUUAGUCAUCAGUUACGAUGUACAUAAAGUGGAUUGUUUUGUGUAUGUAGUCUCUCUCUAUAUCUUCAUGUUCAUUUAUAUAUUUUUUUGACAACGACAUGAAAUUCCUUGAAAGACAACUGUUAACUUUUUUGGAGAAAGUGAAAAUGUGUUACCUUGGCUUUUGAACUUGGCCUCUUUGACCUUGGCCUUUGAACUUGGCCUCUAUGACCUUGCCUUAGUUAUUAUGUGUGGGAUUAGGGAAACCCUGGUCUUACAGACAGAUUUUGGGUUGAUGAUGUGAUGUGUAUAUGGUAACCAGUAUUACAAUAUGAUAGCAAGAGGAUUUCGUGUGAAGUUACAUUAAACAAACUGUAUGCAAUAUCAAAGGUUUAAGGGAAAUGUUGUAGUAACUGAAUAGCUAUAUCAUAACAGAAAUAUAUAGAGAGGCUACGUAACGAGACAUAAAUGUGAAAUGGAUCAAAAUGUGAUUUUAGUCAUUAAAUAUAUGAUGUAUUUACACUACAAGACUUGUAAUAGAUUAUGAUAUUAAUCAUUUAAUUAUAACCAUAUUCUGUGAUUUAUGCAUUCCAUGGUAAGUUGCUGUCUAUAUAAUAUAUACUGGAAUUGAAACAAAAUCUAAAUUUUGUUUUUUUUCUUAAAUUUGUAACCAAGAGCUUGUUGUAGAAUCUGGGUAGUCUAAGCACUAAAUCCAGACUCAUACACACAACAAAUGUAGGUUAAAGAAGGAAGUAAAAAUUAGUCUUUUACAAGCUCACAAGGAAACAAAGAGUGUAACAAGAUUCAACAAGAAAGAGUCUUCUUAUAAGAGAAUUAACAAGAUCCUUUUACACAUCGAUGUCAUCAAUUUUCUAUUCUACAGUGAUUUAUAAUUUUUAUAUAUAAUUCUGUCCUCUUUUGUUUUUAUUAUAUGUCUUAUAAAUAACAGAUGGUCUGUUGGUAUUUUGUAUGGAAGUUAGUGAAUUUCAUUGUCAAUGUUUUUUCAGUUAAAUAAUAUGUACAAUUGCCAUAUUUCACGAAAUUAUAGAAAGAGUAAAAGAGUAUUUAGUGUUGUAAGUCCUGUUAGAGUUACACUUGAGAAUCAUGCCAACAGUCUACUUGGUUAUGGUAUCAUGAGUAAAACUAGGCUCUUCACUUUUGUGUAUCUGCAUACAGCAUUAAUCUAGUCAAAUUGUAAACACACUUACCAACUAAAUAAUGUACUUUGAAGAUACAGUUCGGAUGAUAAUAAAUGUUUUAUGUAACUGACAGUUUGUGCAGAUAUUGAAGGUAUUUGCCAAACCCAUGUACAUACAGACCUGUUUGAAGAUACCACCCUCUGAAAGUCCAAAAAGUGGUCUCUUUAUGCAGGUGGUCUCAUAAUAGAGGUGGUCACAUGGACAGGUUUGACUGUAUUACUUCACCUGUCAAAGGAACUGUUAACUGAUAUCAUAGAAUGAGGGGCCCGUCAGGGAAAAAAAUCAAAGGUACAAAUCACAGGGUACUUUAUUAUUAAAAGGGUUAAAUGCACUGCAGAUCCCAUUGUACAUAAAUCAUAAAAUUUAUGAAAGGUUUUAAUUAAAAUUUUGAUUGCAAUAGGAUGUUGGAAUCAAAUUUUGUUCCUACUUACAGAAGAUAUCAUACAUUAAAUCAUGACAUGGAAGCUGAUGGGUGAUGUUGGCUACUGAUGGGAACUGCUGGCCAGAUAGAGUAGUCUUUCUAGCUUGACAGAAUUAUAUUGUCGUAGGUUUAGAUAGUAAUGGUUGUAUGUCCAGUACAGUAUUUGUAAACGGUUAAUUAACAAUAAAGUACCAUGUAAUAUAUAG